CUUCAACCCCAUCAUUCCCCUCAGCCCCCAUACCAAAACAGACAUGGACUUUUCAUCAGACGACGAUUUCAUAGCAGCCGUGGUAGAACACAACGCAAAACACUCAAAAACAGGCAUUCCUCAUAACAUAAGCGAGUCAUCAGAUAUUAUAGAUCAAUUCUUUGAUUCUAGUGAUGUAAGAGAGCACACGAAUAAAAAUGUACUUGGAAGUGAGGUAAACAGUAUCAAUGGAGGAGUGAGGGGCGAUGGUGUGGAUGGGAAGGGCUGCACGAAUGGGAUGAAAAUUGUGAAUGGACAGGUGAGGACUAACCGUGUAGGGGGUGUCAGCAAUGUUAGGGGUGCGAGUCCUUUAAAAAACAGUACAGCGAUGCAUAAUAGCACAGCAAUGCAUGGUAAUGCAAAAAUAAAUGUAAAUCAUCUAACGCAUAAUAGCACAGCAGCAAUCACAAAUUGCAUGAACAGGAUCAGCAGCACGGAUGAAAAGGCAGGAGCAGACACAGCAACCAAUAAAAGUAAAAAAACCACACACAAAACGGUUAAUGCCCCACAGCACGCCACAGGACAGCCAGAUAGAACGGAAGGAGCGCUCAACAAAAAUAAAAACGUGCCAUCAAUGCAUGAACGCAUGAACGACGAUCAUUCGCUCUUCAAUCUCGAAUUUACGUACGAUGACUUGGAAUGCGUGAGCGCGUCCACCGAUCUUGAAGAGGUGGGAUAUAAAAGCGCACGUGAGCCUGGCGUGAAAGAGACCGGACAGCGUGUUGUACAAAAGGAGCGUGGUGAUGGCAGUAAAGCUGUGAUGAAGGGGUGUGAUCAGGAUAUAAAACGAAAGCAGGGUGGUAGCGCGGAAGAUACGGUGGAACAGCGGAAAGCCGUGCACCGCGUGUUGGAUAGAUCGGUGUGUGCUGAUGAGCAUAGCAUGAGUGAUUUUGAAGAGAAGGACAUCGAGGAAAUUAAAAUCAAGAAGAUAAAAGGGGACAGUACGUGCAUAAAUGAGAUAAUUGAGGAAAUGUCGGACGAUGUGAUUGAAUCGUGGGUGUAUCGGAAGGGUGUCUAUGACCGUGGUGUAGAUGAGGUGGGAAUUAACGAAGGGAUUGAGGGCGUUGUCAAAGGAAAUGGUGCAGGAGUUAACGAAGUGAUUAAGGGCGGGAUCAACGAAGUGAUUGAUGACAGGAUCAACGAAGGGAUUGAUGACAGGAUCGGUAGGGGCACUAGCAGUACUAUUGGUAAGAGCACUAGCAAUGAUGAAAAGGUUGGUAGCACCGAUUGCAACACCGUUAGCAUUCUCAGCAACACAAUGACCGGUACGAGUACGUUCUACGAUCAGUUCAACGAUGCUAUUCCUGAUACCGUUCAAAGCACUGAUAACAUCCUGUACAGAACACUAACAGAGAUAUUCAAGCUCAAGAGCUUCAGACCAAAUCAGGAGGAGAUCAUCAACGCUGUUCUUGACGAGAAGGACGUAUUCGUUCUGAUGCCUACGGGUGGUGGAAAGUCCCUGUGCUACUUCUUGCCUGCCCUUCUCACCGACAGAGUAACAGUGGUGAUAAGUCCUUUGCUCUCGCUCAUAGAGGACCAGAUACAGGAAUUGCUACGGCUCAACAUCUCAUCGCUUACGCUCAACAGCGGUAUGACGGUGAAGGAGAGGAAUGUAGUGUUUAGGGUGUUGCGGGAGGGUUUACGGGUAGGUAACGUGCGCAAACGUGUAAAAAUACUGUUCCUCACGCCUGAGACACUCGUACAAUCACAUGCCCUGCAGGGCAUCCUCAAGGGCAACAUCGCACGGGUGGUAAUCGAUGAGGCGCACUGCGUGUCACACUGGGGAAACGAUUUCAGACCGGACUACAAAAAACUGAAGAUGGUCAAGGACAUGUUCGGGUGCACCAUCAUGGCACUCACAGCAACCGCUACCAAACGGGUCGAGUACGACGUAAAAGGCUGUCUGUUCGGUGCUGAUAGGCCGCUCUCAUCCGAUCAGCACGUGCUCACCUUCAGGUCAUCGUUCAACCGCAAGAACCUGAAAUACAUCGUGCUGCACAAGAAAAAAGACACGAUAAGCCAAAUCGUAUCGUUCAUAAACACGUACUAUCCCUCAUCACCAGGCAUAAUCUACGUGAUAAGCAAGAGGGAGGCUGAGGAGGUGAGUUACAAGCUGAACAACCACAUAACAAGCAUGUACUACCAUGCAGGUCUUACGAAAAAGGAAAGGAACAAAAUACAGCGAGAAUGGACAAACGAUAAGAUACGGGUGAUCGUAGCAACCGUAGCAUUUGGCAUGGGCAUAAAUAAGCGGGACGUACGGUACGUCAUACAUUACAGCAUACCGUACUCGUUGGAGAACUACUACCAGGAGACAGGUCGUGCAGGAAGGGAUGGUCUUGAGAGCAUGUGCAUUUUGUUCUACUCGUACGGUGAUAAGAGCAGAUUGAACAACCUCCUGAAAAGAGAGACGGACCGUGAUAACCUGAACAGAGUGAUAGAAUACUGCGAGAACAUCACGGAAUGCAGAAGAAAGCAGAUACUGCAGUAUUUUAACGAGCGACUGACUGAGAGGUGCACAGGCUGUGAUAACUGCAACAAGACGGGCAAAACAAAGCAAAUUGAUUGCACGGAACAUGCACAAAUCGUAGCAAAGCUCGUGCGUGAGAAUGAAAGGCUCUCACUUACGCACAUAGUUAAUGUGCUCAGAGGAUCGAAGAGUAAAGCGGUUGAUGGUUACCGUGAGAGUGCGUAUUACGGCGUGUUAAGGGAUGUUAAGCGAGGACAAGUUGAGAGGAUUGUUAGGAUGAUGAUUGGUAAGGGUAUGCUGAAAGAGGUGCAUGUUAAGAAUAGGAUGGGGUAUGUUAAUGGGUAUUUGGUGGUUGGGGCUGUGAAGGUAAGUGGGAAGGUUAUGAUUGAUGAUGUUGAGUAGGAGGGGUGCUGAUGUUGAGUAGGAGGGGUGCUGAUGUUGAGUAGAAGGGGUGCUGAUGUUGAAUAGAAGGGGUGCUGAUGUUGAGUAGAAG